AUGUAUAGGCAUGUGUUGCCGUUAUCACUAUCAUCAAUGUAUCGCGAGAAAGGUGUCCAUCCAGCUGAUGACGAAAUGGAAACGUUGUUAUCGGAGGAGAAAUACCCGAUCAUUUUGUACUUACAUGGAAAUUCUUUCGAUAGGGCCAUAUCGCACCGGGUUCAAUUGUACAAUGUGCUAACCACGUUGGGUUAUCAUGUGGUCACAUUUGACUAUAGAGGCUAUGGUGACUCAGAUGGAUAUCCAAGUGAACAUGGUUUGGUCAAUGAUAGCUUCUUGGUCUAUGACUACGUGAAAAAUCUUUGCGUGAAAAAUCUAGUCAUCAUUUGGGGUCAUUCUAUGGGAAGCGGGGUCGCGACGAAGUUAGCUAUGGAUCUGUCUAUAGAUGGUCGACCACCUCAUGGGCUCGUUCUGGAGUCACCGUUUAACAAUCUCCGAGACGUUAUUAUGAAUCAUCCAUUGAGCUUAUCUGUACGAUGGAUGCCCGAAACUUUGGUUCAAAGGCUAAUAGUGCAACCGCUGAAGAAAGUUGGCCUCAUCAUGAAAACUGAUGAACGCAUAGCUAACGUUGAUUGUCCAAUACUGAUCUUACAUGCCGCCGACGAUCCGGUCAUACCGGUGAAACUUGCCCGGAAACUUAGGAAUGCGGGAUUGGCUUCCUCUCGGGACAUUAAAUAUGUGGAAUUCGAAGAAGAGAGGAAUUGCAGGCAUAAAUUUAUUUAUGUGGCUCCAGAACUGCGGAAAAUUAUCCCGUGGGUUGUGUUUAUGGACAGAUUAUCUUAG